AUGACGGUUUCGCUGCAGAACCUUCCGAGUCCCGCGGGGGAGGGCUACGAAUUGGAGGAGGCGUUCGCGGAGAGCGAAGAAGCGCGGGAAUUGCUGCGCAAACAGCGGGAGGCGAAGCAGCGGACCAACUUAUUCGCGGGGAAAGUGUUCUUCCUCGCGCGGGAGGUUCCGCGGGGAAUGCUGGAGUUCGUGCUGCGGAGUUUUGGCGGGAAAGUGGGGUGGGAGGGCCCCCACUCCCCGCUCUCCCCCGCGGAUCCCGCCAUCACGCACGUGAUCGUCGACCGGCCCGCGCCCGCGCAGGGACUGCAGUCGCCCCGCGGGGAUCGGGAGUUCGUGCAGCCGCAGUGGGUUCUGGACUGCGUCAACAACAAUCUCAUCAUCCCCGCGGAUCGCUACGCACCCGGAAAAACGCUCCCGCCGCACUUGUCGCCGUUCGUGGACAACCAGGCCGAAGGAUACACGCCGGAAUACCAGAAGGAGAUCGAUGCGAUGAAACGGUCCGCCGAGGGAACCGAAGGAACCGCGGGAACCCAAGGAACCCAAGGAGACGACGAGGAGGGUAAUCGUGGAAACGGAGAAACGGAGAAACCGGAGGAUGUGGGGAGAUUCGCGCGGGAAAUCGAGCGAGAGGAGAUUGGGGAGGAGGAAAAACCGCGGGAAGCCGAAGAGGAGAAACCGGUGGAAACCGAGGAACUGGAGAAACUGGAGAAACAGGAGGAGAAGAAGGCGAAGAAGGAAGAGGAGGAGAAGGAACGACGAUUGCUGAUGGCGAAGAAAAAGCACCAGCGAAUUUACCGGCAAUUGGAGCAGGAGGAGAAGAAGAAGGAAAAGAGGGUGAAAGAGCUGAAGAGCAAGGCCGAGAAGGCGAAAAAGGGAAAGUAAAGUGUCGUUUUAGUCCUGUUAGAAACCAAGUUUGUUUGAAAAAUGUUGAGACCUUGGCUUUGCGAGUCCAUUAAAAACACAGUAUAUGGAUUGAAGAGGGACGUGACAUCGUCUUUGGGAACGCUGACACAGAUUCUGUCUUUUGAUGAAAAUGAGGCAGUCAUUUUGCUUCAUGAUGGAGAAUAUCUGAUAUAUGGGAUUUUGGACGAUAAAACAAGGAAAGAUCUCACCCGGGUAGCAAAAGAAGCAAACAAGAACCUUUCUCAAUCCUUUGCCGUCUUAGAAGGCUUCUCUUUUUCAAAGGCGAAUAUUAUGGAUAAUAGUGGAAAUUGUAGUGCCCUCGUUAUCUAAUUACUUGUAGACGUUGAUAAUUAUGUUAUUCAUAUUACAGGAAUGUCUAUCGUGAAAUGGAUGUUCGAUGAAUCUCUUUCAAAUGAAUCAAAGACUCUUUUGUCAAAUCUUGAGUUGGCUACACUGAUCAGCAAGAUGCCAUAUGGUAUUAUUGGUGACUCUAAUUAUGUAUAUAUCUAUAUAUCUAUCAUUUUCUAAUAUUCUAGGUUCUUCCUUUGCCGCCCAUUUUGAAUUACACAGUCUCUGAAUACGACGACAGUAUUCAUGCCGUAAACAAUGCAGAAAGCUUUGAGCACUCUCCCAGCAGCACUCUCUUUCCCUCCACAGCCGACCCAUCCAAGCCAGAUGAAUCUCCUUCUCAUCCAAAUGAGCCUGCAAACGAAGAGGAAUCUCCAAUAGCCGAACAGCAAUCCCAUCCAGAGCCCCCAUCGAGUCCAAGCCAGCCCUCAGCCCCCAUCGAGCUUCUACCUCCGUCUUUAAUCAUUCCCUUAUCGGAAGAUUUUCAAAUAAACCCCAUCGCAGUGCAGGAAAAGCUGGAUUCGGAUUCACUCAUUGCGCCCUUCCCUUUAUUAGAAACACAGCCGAUUGCCACAAAACCCCAAAACACGUCGAAAUACUUUGACGAGGCUUCGCAGCAAGCCACAGAGGGACUCCCCAUCCCGUUUACGCAGCCAAGUUGCAUCCCACUCAAUCAGAAACUUAAGAGAAGACCGGAUUUGUCGAGUCCGAAGUUGAAGUCAUUGGGAUUUAAUAAUGUCUCGUUUGAGAUGGAGUGGAGGAGUCGAUGGAAGUAGAUGCUGCUUUAGAGGAUUGCUGUUAGAGAACAAAGAAGAUAUUUUGUAAUGUAUUUUGAGUGUGAAAA